GCCAGCUUUCUACUUGUUUUUACACAUUACACACUCCUUCACCCGUCCUGUAUGGUGGAUAUCAUUUUCAACUCUUCUUUCUUGGGUGAUAUGGGGGAUCAUUCCAAAAAGAAGUCUGGAAUUGCCAUGUGUGUGGGCUGUGGAAGUCAGAUCCGUGACCAGUACAUCUUGAGGGUCUCCCCGGACUUGGAGUGGCAUGCUGCCUGUUUAAAGUGCUCAGAGUGCAGCCAGUACCUGGACGAGUCGUGCACUUGCUUCGUCAGGGACGGCAAAACAUACUGCAAGAGAGAUUAUGUCAGGUUGUUUGGUAUAAAAUGCGCAAAAUGCAACGCUGGUUUCAGCAGCAGUGACCUGGUGAUGCGAGCUCGAGACAACGUGUAUCACAUCGAAUGCUUCAGGUGCUCGGUUUGCAGCAGACAGCUCCUGCCCGGGGACGAGUUCUCCCUGCGGGAAGAGGAACUUCUGUGCCGUGCUGAUCACAGUCUGCUCCUGGACAGAAGCUCGGCAGGAAGCCCUCUCAGCCCGGGACACAUGCACUCCAACAGAUCUCUUCAUAUGACAGCAGACCCGGUGUCAGCCCGACAGCCCUCACUCAGAUCACACGUCCAUAAACAGACAGAGAAAACCACUCGUGUGCGGACUGUUCUCAACGAGAAGCAGCUUCACACCUUACGGACCUGCUACAAUGCCAACCCGAGGCCCGACGCCCUUAUGAAGGAACAGCUGGUUGAAAUGACUGGCCUGAGUCCGAGAGUCAUCAGAGUGUGGUUUCAGAACAAACGAUGCAAAGACAAGAAGAGGUCCAUCUUCAUGAAGCAACUCCAGCAGCAACAGCAGAACGACAAAACUAGCCUGCAGGGACUAACUGGGACUCCGCUGGUAGCUGGCAGUCCAAUCCGUCAUGACAAUGCUGUUGAAGGGAACACGGUGGAGGUCCAGACCUACCAACCACCAUGGAAAGCCCUGAGUGAAUUUGCCUUGCAGAGUGACCUGGACCAACCUGCCUUUCAACAGCUGGUGUCUUUUUCCGAGUCCGGUUCCUUGGGUAAUUCUUCUGGCAGUGAUGUGACUUCUUUGUCAUCCCAGUUACCAGACACUCCGAACAGCAUGGUACCGAGCCCCGUGGAGACGUGAGACCGAGCGAGGAGCAACAGGUUCCGGACCCAGCAUGUUCCCACUGCCCCGCAUGAGAACAGACCAGUCUUAGCUCAUCGCAACAUCAAAAUCGUUUUUAUUUUUCAUUUGAAAACAAAGAAGAUGUGACUUGAAAGCUACCGCAACAUUGAACAUUGUCCUGGAAACUUGAGACACAGCCCUGCAUUGUUGGGAUGCCCUUGUCUGUCUAGAACUUGGUUUAAUUCCAUUGGACUCCAAGGUACAGGAACAAUCCAACUCUUCCGAAGGAUGUAUAAACCGGCCUUCCUGAAAUGGGCAGGGAGCCAGUCACUCAUCUCGACUGAAACUGGUCAUUCGGACCAUUAUGUCUUGUUGCUUCAACACGUGACACUUUGUUCUGUUCCUCCCGUGCUCGUUCCUGACUUCAGAAACCCUUCCCCGUGUUUGUCUUAAUUCGCAUGAUUGCCGGAGAUGAUGUAAAACAGACUAUUGUUGUAAAAUAUUGUAUCUUAUGGAUGGAGGACAGAUUGUUUGAGCCUCUAAAGAACACAAGUAAGUUAUUGUUAUUUAUUGUCAGAACAGCAGUUUCGAACAACAGGGAUUGAUAUUUGAUCUUUAAUAAAACGUUGU